AUGCCCCCGACUAACGGGCCAUCUCCGCCCACAGCAAGCAGUCCUCCAACAGACCGUCUCAACACGUACAACUAUAAAAAGCGGCCAUAUGCAGCCGCUUGCAUGGCAUGUAAGGCUCGCAAGAUUAGAUGCGUCGAAGCGGAGAACCCACCUUGCAAAGCAUGCAGGACAUCGCGCAUCCCGUGCGAGUUUCCUCAACACAGCCGCAGACGCCGUCCCCCACCCGUUCCGAGCUCUAAUGGCGGUGGGAACGACGCUUCAGUCGACACUUCCACAGCCCUUUCCGUCUCAGCAGCACCCGACGCUGUAGCUGGCCAGUCUUCCAUCGCGCCAUCUAUGGAAGCGCGCGUCGCGCGUAUAGAGGAGUACCUCAACCUCCCACCACUUUCUCACACUGCAAAGAUUGAACACCUGCGGGCCACAUCCCAGAGCGAUGAGAGUCAGAAGGAAGACGGCAUGGAGCCUCCGCGUUUCAAGCUCGGUGGCGAAGACUUGAACGAGUACCACGGCGAGACUUCGAUGCACGACGACGGCCGAGACGCUGGAAUGGGACCAUCUCCAGGAACUCAGCAACGUGCGAGCAUUGAGGGCUGGAGUGAUGUCGAGAUGCGCGGUCUCCGGCGCCUGCGACACAAAUACGCCACCCCCGAGGAAGGCGAGUCCCUCAUCGAGGCAUACUUUAUGUGGACGAGUCCCAGUACGGGUAUCGUUAGCCGCAAUGUCUUUUUGCGUGACAUGGCCAUGGGCGGACCAUACUUUUCCGACCUCCUGCUGAUGUGCGUCUAUGUCUCCGGCCUUCGUUUCUCGCCCAACCUCGACCAAGAGGAGCGUGCUGUGCGCACCCAGCGGUACAUGAACAUUAUUAUGACGAUGAUCGGAGAGGAGCUCUGCAAACCGAGCAGUGUGGCUACGGCUCAGGCACUGUUGAGUUUAGCAGGCACACGCUGUGCGGUUGGUGACCAUACCCAAGCGUGGAUGUUCACAGGCAUGGGUAUCCGCAUGAUCCAAGACCUAGGGAUCCACCUCGCCAUCGCCGAGCCAUUCCUCGACGCCGCUCUGGACCAGGAAAACCGCGCCAUGCGCGUGAGGCUGUACUGGAGCGCAUAUUUUUGGGACAAGACAAUCUCGCUAGGUAUGGGCCGCGAACCUGCGCUUCUCGUCCGUCCCAACUCGAUUCCAGAAGUCAACAUUCGCGAUGGAGACGAUGACUGGGACUGGCAUCCGUUUAUCCCGGGCGGAGGCCUGACUACUGCUCUCGGCGCACGGUACCCUCCCACUCGGGCGCGCAUCUCACAUGUUCUUCGUCACUCGGCUACGAUGUACAUGAUCCUCGAGUCCAUCCUCGUCAACAUGUACUCGCCCCAUCGACCGCAUGCGCGUAGUUCGACGUUUAUCCAGGAUACAGAUGAGAAACUCAAGACGUGGCGCGCUUCCCUCCCGCGUACCCUCAUUCUGGAGCGUGGCAAUCUACCCGAGUUUUCUCCGCCCACAAACAUUGUGGUCCUCAACCUCUUGUAUCACGUCAUGCGCAUUCUGCUCUAUCGUCCUCUCUUGACCGUACGCAACCAGGCUUCUGGUGUCACGACCUCGUCGUUUGACGUGUGCCGUUCGUCUGCGAUCGAGAUUCACGCCAUCCUCUCGCUCUGGGGCCGCACCUUUGGGCACAUCAACUAUGUCUACCUGCUCAUGUACACCACCUUUAUCGCCGCUGGUGUAGACGUCAUCCUCGUACGCCUCACCGAGGGCCCGCCACAGGACGAAGCGCUGAAGCGUGUCCACUCGGCAUUGGAGAUUCUCGAAAAGUCGUCUGUCCAGGGCCCAGGUAUCCGUCGCGCGAUAGCCACCAUCUCGGACCAGUUCCAGGCGGCCAUCGCGCGUAAGGGUAUGGACCGCGACCGCCAUUUCUCCAAGCACAGUGCUGCGCUUGAGCACCGUCAGCGCACAGACCGUCACCAGCCUCCUGCUCGAUCCGCUGAUCGACUCCAGCGCGUCGCCGAGAGCUCGAUGAGGCACGACACCCCCAUCGCGCCGUCCACCGGACCUCUCGAGAUGCCUUUCCCGCCAGUGAGCUCAAACUCGGCAUCUUCCACUGCGACACCAGGGCUCCAGAACUUCUUCGAGUACCACACCUCCCCGGCCGACCUGUUGCCGCUCUUUGAUGACCCCCAGGCGCUGGCAGAUCUUCUCGGCGACUCGAAUGUGGGCACCGAUGACCCGUUCGCCUUCUUGUCUGCGGACGGUUGGGAGGGUGUGGGACUAUGA